AUGGCUCCGGCGCCGAUGGCAGGCCUAGUUGCCGUGUCACCGGCCGCUUUAGCUAGAAGCGACCCCGCACUGUGCACCUCGCAGCGGUCAGGUCUAGCGGUGUUAUUCGCCGUCCAGGCCCCGGCAGAGUGGUCCCGCCGCGCUCUACAGUGCGAAACCAGAGUUUUCUCCGACGGGCUGAAAUUUUCCUUCUCAGCGGCGACGCCUUCAGUCUCUUACAACAUCUUCACCGACUGA